AUGGGCUGGUUUUCAAAUUUAUCCUCUAAACCGAUGGACGACCAAACGAAGGCACCAAGUAGAUCUUCUAGAAAGCAAUGUUGGGAUUCUCGUGAUGCAUAUUUUAAUUGCCUAGACAAAAUAGAUGUUAUAGACUCACUAGACCCGAGAAAUAAAUCAAAGAUAUCUAGUGUUUGUGGAAAACAGGAAAAAAAAUUUGAAUAUGAUUGUGCUACUUCAUGGAUAAAGUAUUUUAAAGAAAAAAGGAUUACCGAUUUGAAAAAAGAAAAAAUAAUGAGGGAAAUUGCUCAAAAUGGUGGGCAAAUUAUUUCAAUGGAUGGUAGCAACGGUAAAUAA